CAUGCACACGGCCCGUCAGCUGUCGUGAGGCAGGCCAGCCUGCUGCAUAUUAUGGGCCUUUCCCUACUGUGGUCCUUGCUCCUCCCAGGUCUUCUCACUGGACCACUGGCUUCCAGAGAGGACUCAGCCCCUUUGGUGGUAACUGGGACCCUAGGGGGGUCUGUCAUUUUGCCCCUGCAGCUGCAGGAUGGACAGCAGGUGGAGAGCAUCUACUGGAUGUGUCGUUCCAUCCCCGGGGUAAUAGCCACGGUAACCUUGGUAGAAGCUGGAGGGCCAGACACCUUUUACCAGGCAGAAACGCAGUACUGGGGUUGUUUGAGUGUGGUGGGCCCAGGCUGCUCCCUGCAGAUCAGCCACCUGAGCUGGGAGGAUGCAGGGUCCUACCAAGCCCAUGUUAAUCUGUGGAGUUCCCGCAUCACCCACGCCUGGGAGUACAGCCUGCACGUCUAUGCUGAGUGUCUGGGGCAUGAGCAGCUGGCCCGGCCCCGUGUCACACUGAGCUCCAGGAUGAGUGGGAAUGGACACUGCCUCGUCAUCCUAACAUGCAUGGCAGAAAGCAGAGGAGGCACUGACUACAGCUGGACACCCCUGGGGCCCCGGACUGUUGUAUCCCACGGAGGGUCUGUCCUCAGUGUCUCCUUGAGACCUGGGAACAGUGCUCUGAACUUUACCUGCGUGGACAAGAACUCGAUCAGUAACAGCAGCUCCCUCCCUGUCUUGGUGCCGCCCUCAUGCACAGAGAGUUUGCAAGAGCCCAAUAUCACGGCCAGCUCUCAGGUCAUGAAGGAUGGGACCUGCUUCAUCACCCUGGCUCGCUGGAUGGACCAGGCUGGAGAGGAUAUUAAGUAUAGCUGGGACCCCGAAGGCCAGGGGGCAGUUGUGUCUCAUGUGGGGACCACUCUCAGCAUGUCCUGGAGACCUGGGGUCAGUGACAGGUAUCGCUGUACUGCCAAGAACCCCAGCAGCCAGAGCUCCAGCUCCAUCCCUGUCAGGCCCCUCUGCUCAGGUUCCUUCCUACUCUGCUCCUUGAGGAAAGAGUUUCUUCUCUUUUUGAUCCUGGGAGCUUUGCAGAUUAAACAGAUUUCACCUUGA